CAAGAGGGCGUGACAUUUGUCAACAUUAGCUUCACUUUUGAUCAUGGUUUGUUUGUGUUAGGGUUUAUCGGUCUUUUAAGUCGUUUAAUAAACUCUGUAAAAAAUAUAAAGCAUCGACAUAAUGCCUGGACACAUGGAGGGACCCGUUAGGCCUCCCAGAGCCGUUAAAUCACCUAAAGAAUCGACUGGUCUUUUGAUGUCUGUAAUUCGGACACUGACAGCUAGUCAAAAUAAUACUGAGAGAGAUCAAGAGAAAGCAAAACUUCAAAAAGAAUUCAAACGAAGUGAUCAAAGAUUAGAAGAUCUCGUUGCAGCUCAUCAUGAAGAUCUUUCAACAGCAAUGCAGGCAUUUACCAAUAUUUCUAAAAGAGUUACAACUUCAAGAGAGAAGAUUACAGCAGUAAAAGAGAAGUUAACUACUUGCAAAAUGCUGCUUCAUUGUAAGAGAGAUGAAUUACGAAAAUUAUGGCUUGAAUCUGUAGAGCAUAAGCACAUUCUAUCAAUGUUAGAUGAAAUGUAUUCAUCAAAUUCACAACAUGGAGAGUUGCUGUUAUAUGAAAUGCCUGACAUAUGGUCCAAAGUUCAGACAGUGUUAGAGAUUCUUGCUGGACAGUAUCUUGACAUUCAAAAUACUACUACAAACAGACAGCAGGCUCCUCCAGCAUUUUCUGAAGUUACUGCUGCAAGCGAUAUUUCUUCAUUUUAUGCAAAGAAAAGAAGUGUUAAACCAAAAACAUUUUCUCUUUUUAGAUUUGAUAGUUCUUCACAUGCUAUAAGUAUGAAUACUUAUCUUCAAGAACAAAAGGAAGCAAUGAAAGAGAAGGGAGAAAUGCAGGAUAUGAUUGAUGUUGGUCAACAGUUUGUUUGUCAACCUUCAACUACAAAUAUUACUACAAUAUUCAGGCCCCUUAUGAAAUUCAUUGGUGAAAUUGAACAAGCUUUAGCUCUUGAACCUGGAAACCAUUGUCCUUUACAUGCAUUUUUGACACAGUGUGUGAAUGUAUUUCUUGGACAAGUAAGUGGAGUUGUAGAUGUGAUGGUUGAUAAUGCUACAAAAAGUUUGGACACAUGGAAACCAGUAAAUGAUCCUGAAUUAUUAAAGCCACUAGGAACAACAAGACCAUUAUUACAGAGUACAGUGAAUUUAGAUAAAAGUUUACAAGAAUUACAAGAAUUAAUGUAUGCUAUUCCCCAAUAUGCAGAAGAUUUUCUUAAUUUAAUAUGCAAUAUUUUGAAAAAUUACAAAGAAACUUGUCAAGCUGCAUAUAGAGGUGUUGUCCAACCAGAAUCAGAAGAUAAGAGAAUUAUAAGUGCUACAUGGGCAAAAGAUGAUGAUAUUAGUCGUUUUCUUAGACAUUUGCCUAAUUGGAUAAAUCUACAACAUUUAAAAGAGAAUUGUGAACUGCCUGAUGUUGAAGAAUCACCCGAAGAAAUAAGACUGAGAAAUAAACAAGAGUCUGAAAUCUUGACUGGAAAUUUGACUGGAGAAACAUUAAUUCCACAUCAUGAAAUUUUAUCUGACCUCAAUCAACUCCGGAUAUUAGCCCUAUUACAAGAAAGUUUAGAAUGGUUUGGAUCAAGAAUAUUAACAUUUGCUAACAAUCUUCCUACUCAUCAACAACAGCAAAUGUUAGCAUCUCCUCAAGCUAAAAUAACGGAUCUUUCACCAUUAAAUGAAAAUACAGUGAAAUCUUUGAUACAGUUGGCAAAAGAAUUUGAAGAUCUAGCUGAUACAUGCUUACUGGUUUUACAUUUGGAAGUCAGAGUGCAUUGCUUCUACUUCUUGUUACCAGUGGCAAUGCAGAGUUCAUUCUCAAGUGGUAUAGACAGUCAAGAACCUGAUCCAGAAGUGACCAAACUAAAUAAAGACCUGUCCAACAUUGAUGAAGCAAUGACUGCCAGUCUUCAGCCACGAAAAUUAAAGUAUAUUUUUGAAGGUCUCGGACAUUUAGUUGCUUCCAUCUUAAUAAAUAGUACUGUUAGUAUCAAAAGAAUUAAUGAAAAUGGAGUUAAAAAAAUGUGCCGCAACAUAUUUGCCAUUCAGCAAAAUCUNAAAAGCAUAACAAUGAGUCGCGAAGUGGCUCUAGACCACGCUCGCCAGUAUUUUGAACUGUUUUAUCAUUCUCCGGAGGAAAUUUUGAAUUCCAUUCUAGAACGUGGCCCGCAGUUUCAAGAACUGGAAUACAAGAAUGCGUUGCAGUUAUUACACAAUAGUCAGCCGGGAAGCGACGCGGAAUCUUUAAAAUCCGAUCUAGAAAGACUGCAGGAUAUUCUCGAUAAAGUCGCCGUUACAGUAUAAUCUACAUUGUACAUAUUAUGUGGGAUAUCUUUAAAUUAAUUAUAAUAAUUAAAUUAAACCAGACAUAAGCUUAUGUUUAAUUAUAGCUGUUCUUGAAUUAUAUAAUAAUCAGUAAUUUUGUAAUU